GCAGCUCUGUUAUAGUUUCUACGUCCACCGCAACCAACUUCGAGUACUUCCUUUUUUAACCGUGUGGUAAAAAGUAAAGGUGUAAUAUAACAACAACAUGCCACAAAAUGAAUACAUGGACCGACACCGACAAUUGUACGGUAGGCGACUUGAUUAUGAAGAACGUAAACGCAAGAGGGAAGCACGUUUACCAAAGGAGCGUGCCCGUAAGGCGAGAAAAUUGCGUGGUAUAAAGGCGAAACUGUUCAACAAAGAGCGCCGUAAUGAGAAAAUACAAAUAAAGAAAAACAUCCGAGCCCAUGAAGAGAAGAAAGUUAAAAAACAAGCUGAAAAGGUUGAAGAUGGAGCUUUGCCGCAUUAUCUUUUGGAUCGAGGUGUACAAUCUAAUGCAAAAGUUCUUUCAAAUAUGCUUAAACAAAAAAGAAAAGAGAAAGCUGGAAAAUGGGAUGUACCUAUACCGAAAGUUCGCGCUCAAUCCGAUGCCGAAGUGUUCAAAGUUCUUAAGACUGGUAAAACCAAGCGAAAAGCGUGGAAACGAAUGGUGACAAAAGUGACAUUUGUGGGAGAAAAUUUUACUCGUAAACCGCCAAAAUUUGAGCGGUUCAUACGACCAAUGGCGUUACGUAUGAAAAAAGCACAUGUCACACAUCCCGAACUUAAAGCUACAUUUUAUUUGCCUAUUAUCGGUGUAAAGAAAAACCCCAGUUCGCCAAUGUUUACCUCACUUGGCGUUAUAACCAAAGGCACCGUUAUUGAAGUGAAUGUUUCCGAUUUGGGUCUUGUCACUCAAACCGGUAAAGUCGUAUGGGGAAAAUACGCUCAAGUAACGAAUAAUCCUGAAAACGAUGGUGUUAUCAAUGCCGUGCUACUUGUUUAAUGUUCAAAUACUUUCAUGUGUCUAGUAUUUAAAAAACAAAAAUAAAUUAGUAAUAGCCGUCAUAACUAGAAAUGCUCUAAAUUUAAAUUUGCGUUCUUACUUAUCUAUUAAAUUGUAGUUUACUCUUAUUUCCUUUU